GGCUUGGUCCAUUGCUCCAAGUCUCUAUUGUUUAUUCAUAUCUUCAUCCAUCAUGUUGACCUCUUUUACCACGUCACUUAUACUAGUCUUACCAGCUCUGGCAGCCGCUCGUAUAACCCAUCAAUCUCGGGCUCUUGUGAAUAGCACAGCAUGUGCUCCAGUCCAUUUGAUCCUUGCCCGUGGAACAACUGAGGGCUAUCCUGGGACUCUUAAGACCUUAGCCGAGUUGAUCACUGAUGCCAAUCCAGGAACUGAUUACGAGAGUGUCAUUUAUCCUGCCACAGAUGAGACUUCCACAAAUAGCUAUGCUGAAGGACUUUUAGCUGCUAGGAAUCAGUUCACUGCCUAUGCAGAGUUGUGUGAAGAUUCGAAAAUUGUUUUCCUUGCUUACUCUCAAGGGGCUAUGGUUGUUGGAGAUAUGUUGGCUGGUGGAGGUGGAGAUACAAUUCUAGGUGCCGGGAAUGGAUCACUUCCGAUUAGCUCGAAAAUCGGGGACCGUAUGACGGCUCUAGUCCUAUAUGGCGAUCCAAGACACAUCCCCAAUGAGAGCUUUGACGUUGGAAACAACAACGUGACUGGCAAAUAUCCAAGAACUGCUUCACAGAUUUCGGUUAUCGAGAAUCAAUAUUCUUCAAAGAUUGCAGACUACUGUAACAUCGGAGAUCCAGUAUGUGCUAGUGGUAACAAUAUCACAGCUCAUGGUGUAUAUCCUCAGACUUGGGAUACUACUGCUGCUGCUUGGGUUCAGACUAUAUUAGACGGUUAGACGGUCAGACAUAUGAUAUGGGCGGAUGCCGUUCCGCUUAAGUGAUAUGUGUAGCUUGUACUUAUAGGCCCUUCUUUUAUAGUUUAGAAAUAAUCAUUUGUGUUCUUGCUUCUUA